UCUCUUGCAUAUCACAAGUACAAGCCUCCAAGGCUCCACCCAACAGGCCUUCUUCUCUAUUUCUCUCCAACGCUUCUCAAAAACAAACUAAAAUCUCCGUUGGGAUUUCGAGACUGUUACUAGCAAACCAAUGGAUCAAGACUUUGAUCGAGUCAAAGGACCAUGGAGUCCCGAGGAGGAUGAGUUGUUGCGCAAGCUGGUGGAGCAUCACGGUGCUAGAAACUGGUCCUUGAUAUCGAGGUUGAUCCCUGGUCGAUCGGGGAAGUCAUGCAGGCUCCGGUGGUGCAACCAGCUGUCACCGGAAGUCGAGCGCCGCCCCUUCACGCCGGAGGAAGACGGGAUCAUCUUGAAAGCCCACGCCAAGUACGGCAACAAGUGGGCUACCAUCGCGAGGCUCCUUAACGGCCGUACGGACAACGCCAUUAAAAACCAUUGGCACUCAACCUUAAAGCGAAAACUCUCGAUGGAAGAUGGAGAUUCUCUUCAGGAAUCAGAGAAAAGAUCAGCAAAAUCCCCAAGAACAGCGACUAGUAAUAACACUGGGAGUCCUUCGGGUUCUGACGUCAGCGAUUUAGGAUUGAGCGUUGCUGAGUCGACACAACACUCUGGCGUUUCAACUAAGCUUACUCUUGGACGUUCGUGGAACGAGUCUAUCGAGUUCAAUAACAACAGCUCGCCCGGGAAGAAUGAGUCGUUAGCAGAAAAGCAAGAGAGUGGGAGAAAGAUGACGACGCUUGGACCGGACCUUUUGGCUGCGAUUCAAGAGAUAAUUAGGAAAGAAGUGAGGGAUUACAUGGCAGAGUUUGGUUUCCUGAGUGAAAGUACGAGGAAUGCUGGGAUUAAGAGGAUUGGAUGAGGGGAUAAUUUGAAACUAGUGAUUAUUAAAAGUUUGAUUAAGAUCGAGCGAUAAAAGAUCUUAGCCUCGUAGGAUUUGAUAAAGUUAGCAAAUUAAAGAGAACCAUAAAGAAAUCAAGAACGAUAGAAAAACAAAAUUCCUUUGUUUCUUCAGUACAAUAAUUUCGAGGAUGUACAGAAAUAAACGAAAAAAAAAAAGCAAAAUUAGGAAUUUUGAUUAAUUUUGUCAGAUGAAUUAGCUUUAAAUUUACAGGCCGACAAAGUAAAAAAAAAAAAUUUAUUCAAUGGCAUUUCUGAACAUUUUUACUGUUUUUAUGGGUUAAAACUUCUAUUUCUUUCUUUCUUUACUUGUUUUCUUUUUAUAGUUUCAUUGUAAUGAUAUUAAUUCUGAUGAAAUUAAAAACAAAAAUUAUUAUA